AUGAAUGUAGCCGAGACCACGGGCACCGAGACCAUGGGCACCGUAGGCAAGACCAAGCGCACCGUAGCCAAGACCGUGAGCACCGUAGGCGAGACCGUGUGCGCCAUAGCCGAGACCUUGCGCGCCAUAGGCGAUGGCACCGUGAGCAAGAGGAGCAGCUACAACUGCAGAGUGAACGAGUGGACUGCCGUGCGCAACAGAGCUACUGUGGGCUGA